GAUAAAAGGAGGCUCAUCUCUGCUGCAGAGAGCUCGGUUUGUGUCCCCUGCAGCUCAGCCACCACCUUCUCCUGGGACCCGAGAACCAUGAAGCUGCUUCUCCUGUUCCUUGCUGUCUUUCUGGCUGUGGAACCGGUGAUGUCAGAGUGUUGGAAGCAUGGACACUGCCGGUUGGUGUGCAAAGAUGACGAAGAUCAUGUCCUACGCUGCGAAAAUCGUAAACGGUGCUGUGUCCCUAGUCGCUAUGUAACAAUCCAGCCAAUGACAAUCCAUGGGAUCCUUGGCUGGACCACUCCUACGGUGCCCACGACAGUCCGUAAAAGGAAGAAAAACAGACAACGUGGCUAG